AUGGUGGUGAGUUUUGAAAAAAAAAAUUUGAAUUUCCCGCCAUUUUUUUUGCCACGUGGCGAGAAAAUGGCGGGAAAUUCAAAUUUUUCUCGAAAUUCGGCGUCGAACGAAACCCCACAAGCGUGGGAAAAUUUGAAUUUCCCGCCAAAAAUCUUCACACGUGGCGUUUUUGGCGGGAAAUUCAAAUUUUCCCAGGCUUGUGGGGUGUCUUUCGACGCCGAAUUUCGAGAAAAAUUUGAAUUUUUCAAAAAUCCACGUGGCAAAAUGUUUUCAGAAGGUCAAAUUCGGCGCCGAACAAUAUGAGGCGAUGAAGAAGUUCGAGGCACGGCAUCACGCCGACAUUUGGAACCUGAUAAUGAGCAAAAUCGGAAAGUCAGAUGGGCUCAAGAUUUUGGACGUUUCCGAAGAGGCGUGUGUAUUUGCGCUAACUUUGGCCGAGAAUCAUCCGACAAAUCGGUAGGUCAAAUUUGCCACGUGGCAUUUUUUGGCGGGAAAUUUUCAAAAAUUCAAAUCUUUCACAAAAUUUGGCGUCGAAAGACACCCCACAAGCCUGGGUUUUGAGAAAUUUUGAAUUUCCCACCAAAAAUUUUGCCACGUGGAUUUUUGGCGGGAAAUUUUCAAAAAUUCAAAUUUUUCACAAAAUUUCGCGUCGAAAGACACCCCACAAGCCUGGGUUUUGAGCAAAAUUUGACUUUCCCGCCAAAAAUCCACGUGUCAAAAUUUUGGGCGCGAAAUUCAAAUUUUCUCCAAAGCCCCGGCUUGUGGGGUGUCUUUCGACGCGAAAUUUCAUGGAAAAUUUGAAUUUUUGAAAAUUUCCCGCUAAAAAUGCCACGUGGCACUAGAAAAUAUCGAUUUUUGCAGGCUCAUAAUCUCAAGUGUUGGCGAUAAGCCAACAUUUGAUCUACCAUCAAAUGUCGACUAUCAUAAGGGCGAUAUUCAAAAGGACACAAAUAGCAUUGCUCAGGUUAGUCUUUGGGCCGAAAAUGGGCCUAAAAUAGGCCUACGGGGCAUGAAAAAUCCGGAUUUUCGGCCUAGAAAAACCCGAAAAGGCCCAAUUUUUGAUCUACGUGAUAUUUCAAUGAUUUUCUCCCACUAUUUCCUUCUUUUUUAUAAUAAUUGAUGAUUUUUCCGGGGAUUUCUCUUAUUUUCCGCUCUUUUUCACUAAACACAUGGCUUUUCCGGACAAAAACAAACAACUGUGUGAUUUUUCGAGGGAAAACAAAUUUUUUUCCGAUUUUUCGGCUGAAAAAUGAGGAAAUUUGAGAUUUUCCAAGGGGAAAUUGAGAAAAAUACGAUUUUUGAAGGUUUUUAGGGCGAAAAAUGUCAAAAAAUUGGAUUUUUCAUGCAAAAAAUGCCACGUGGCGAAGAUUUGGCCCGAAAUUCAAAUUUUUCAUUGAAUUCGCCUUCGAAAGACACCCCACAAGCCUGGGUUUUGAAUUUCCCGCCAAAAAUCCACGUGGAAUAGGAUUUUUGGCGGGAAAUUCAAAACCCAGGCUUUUUCGAGGGAAAACAAAUUUUUUUCCGAUUUUUCGGCUGAAAAAUGAGGAAAUUUGAGAUUUUCAAGGGAAAAUAUAUGAAAAAUAAUGAUUUUUGAAGGUUUUUUGGAUGAAAAAUGUCAAAAAAAUGGGAUUUUUCAUGCAAAAAAUGCCACGUGGCACCGAAAUUCAAGGUUUUCACAAAAUUUGCCUUCGAAAGACACCCCAUAAGCCUGGGUUUUGAGAAAAUUUGAAUUUCCCGCCGAAAAUCCCACGUGGAAUAGGAUUUUUGGCGGGAAAUUCAAAUUUUCUCAAAACCCAAGCUUGUGGGAUGUCUUUCGAAGCUAAAAUUCAUGAAAAAUUUGAAUUUUUGAAAAUUUCCCGCCAAAAAAUGCCACGUGUCAAAAUUUUUGGCCCCGAAAAUUCGAUUUUUUGCAGCUCGGACCAUUCGAUUUGAUCUUGGUCAACGAGAUUUCGCACGAUAUUUCGGAUUUUGAUGCGUUUUUCAAAACACUCAAGACAUUGCUCUCAGGUAGGUCAGAAAACGACUUAGCUCAACUCGCUGAUGAGUUAUGACGUGGCAAAUUGUGAGUUUGGAAGGUGAAAACUGGCUUUUGGGUCAAAAAUGCUCAUUUUCCAGCCAAUUUAGGCUGACUUGGAUGCAAAAUGAGCAUUUUUGACCUAGAAGCCAGUUUUCACCUCUCAAACUCACGAUUUGCCACGUCAUAACUCAUCAGGGAGUUGAGCUAAGUCGUUUUUGACAACAAAAAACGAAAUUUUCAUAUUUUUUGAGCAACUUGGUUGAAAUAUUGGAUUUUAGUGUUGUUUAUAGGAUAGACAGGGCUAAGAGAAUUCGAAUGAUAUCAAAUUUCAUGGACCUUAAGUGAUUUAACGACCUUAAGGCGAUAAGUCACUUAAGGUCCAUGAAAUUUGAUAUCAUUCGAAUUCCCUUAGCCCUGUCUAUCCUAUAAAUAACACUAAAAUCCAAUAUUUCAACCAAGUUGCUCAAAAAAUAUGAACAUUUCAUUUUUUCUCUGGAUUUUUAACGAUUCCUCUAAGAAAUCCCACAAAAUUUCAGACGCCGGUCAAAUAGUCAUAUUUUCUCGCCCCAAAAAUCCACCUUUGCCAGUUCCCGAUGUCUGCCUGGUUCUCUGGCGUAAGCUAAUGUGCACCAAGGAGGAGAUUUUGGCGGCCGCCAAUCAGGCUCAACUAAAUUCCGCGUGUUUUUCGGUGGCUGUACCGAUUUCGGCGGAUAAAGUUCAGUGGGAGAAUAUUUUGUAUUCAGGUAGGCCUAAAAUAAGCCUAGAAGCCCCAAAAAGCCCUAAAUUCAAUUUCAGGCUGCUUUCCGGCCGUCAAAAACACUCCAAAAUGCGACGAGAAAGUGAUUCGUGAUUUUGUGGUGUCGAAAAAUGGAAAAUUCGAUUUUGAGGAGAAAUUGCUGGUUGUUAUGUUGAGAAAAUAG